UAAGAAUGUUAAGCAGGCUAUCUGUUCUUUAUUAGGCUCUGUUGUCAAAUACGAAGAUGGCGAUUGCUCACAAGUCCAUAGUCGGCAAGCCAUGCGCAAAGGUGCAGGUGCCACCUACCCUACGCUCGCAGCGAUUAUCUCGUCGGACCUGCUAUGUACGUGCAGAAGCUUCAAAUGCACUUACAAUCGCCAACAGCAAGGCCCUAGCUCAGACCAAUGGUGCCCAAGUCGCCGUCCCCGCCGUUCAAGUAGAGGAGGUGGACUUUACUAAGCACAUGCAGGACCGCCAUGCACAAGUCCUGCGGUACUUUCCAACCGCUCUUGGCAUCGACGACUUCAUGGCGCGAGUGGAGAUUGUGCUGGCGGGUUUUGGAUUCACUGGCGACAACACGAUUGCCAUGACCAACCUGUGCCGCGACGAGGUGACCCAGGUGCUCAAGGACAAGAUCGAGGCGUGCUUCGGCUCCUCAUUCAACACCAACGGACUGGGUGCGGUGCUCACGUGCGGUGUGACGGGCAUGAAGGCGGGGCUCAGCCACUCGCCCGUGUGCCAGGGCGGUCGCGAGCGCUACGUGUUCUUCGCCUUCCCGCACAUCGCCAUCAACAGCGAGGGCGAGGUGGGCGCCAUCGCGCGGCCGGGGAGGCCCAAGAAGUCGUGCGCGUGCGGGGCGCUGCAAAAGUGUCUUGUCGAACUGCAGUCGGAGGGCCUGGAGGCCGCCGUGCGCUCCCCGGGGCUGCACGACCCGCUGGAGCCCGAGUACUCCAUCCUCAAGCAGCGACUGGCCCGCCGCAUCCGCUACGAGAAGCUGGACGUGCGCGCGCUGGACCUGCCCAGCCUCACAAAGGUCGCCGAGCGCACCAUCAGCGACGACCUGGAGUACCUGAUAGAGAAGGCGGUCAACCCCGCCACCGCCGACUACGCGGUGAUCACGGGGGUGGAGGUGCACAACUGGGCGGCCCAGCUGGCGGAAGGGGGCGACCCCUCCCUGGAGUUCGUGGCGGGCACCAAGGCCUACGUGGUGGUGAACGGCGUGAAGACGCACCUGGACCUCAUGAUGGUGCCGCCCCUGUCCUACCGGCAGCUGCAGAUGAUGGCGGAGGCCUCCCUCGCGGACGUGCCCCCCGGCGACGUGUGCGCGGGUCUGCGGGGCAGUGUGCUGCAGGAGGUGCCGUACGCCUACCUGGAGAAGCGCAUGGGCGGGGCGGCCACGGAGGGAGCCAUCGGCCGCGCCGCCAACCCCGUGAACCUCCAGAUCGCUGCGGAGUGGCCCUCCUGGCAGAGCCGCAUCCGUCGCGACAACAACGCUGCUCCCUACACGCUGCACCAGCUGGAGCGGGACAUGUACGCACCCACCAUGGACUCGCCGGAGCUGGCGAACAGCAACUGAGGGGGGGGAGGGGAGGGGGGGCAGCAGCAGGGUGGUGACUGGCGUCCGGUCGUAUCGAACAAGAGGAUUUGGAAGCGUCAGCAGCGUCAGGCUAUGUAAGUUGGAGGUUGUCCCAUGCAUUGCAUGGUUAAUGGCUUCAAGCAUGUUUUGUUGGUUGCUGCAAAAUGAUAUGAAAAAGUGUACCUGUCAAAGUUUCAAUGAUGACGAAGCAUGUGCGUUACUAAGAGCGCAUGCAUUACUCGGCAGACGUCUUAGCUGGUGAGCUGUCCUCAGCUGUACGAGGUGAUGACGACGGGGGGCAGGAGGGCGCUGCUGCAUGGUUGGCUGGUUUGUCAUGGCAUGCUGCAUGUGUCACGUGGCGAGGAGCGGUGCCUUGCUUCCGCGGGUGUUGGUAAGUGAGUCGCGGGGGCGUCCCCCGGUGGGGUGUAUAUGUCUUUUCGUGUGUUGGAGCGGUUUGCAUGUGUGGACUUUUGCUGCGGUCAGGUCGGGUCAGCUGUUUAGACAGAUACACGAUGUUUGUCGACAUGUGUGCAUUCAAAAUGUGUCAUGCACCUAUAAAGGAACAGUGUCCGGUGAAUUCAAUCUUUAUGAAACCGAGUGGAGGCUUGCGUGUGUGUUCGUGUGCUUGGAGUGGUGGGGCGGCAGGUUGCAGUGGGGCGGAGAGGAAGUAGGACCAUGUAGGACCACAGGUGCAGCAGUGCGCCACUGAACAGUGCGGACAGCAGACGACACGGUGCGCUGUGUUGUGCUCUCGUGAGAGUGUCUGAGAGUGUGAGUGCAGCGCGUGAGUGGCUGUUGGUUUACUUCUGUUCACCUGGCAGGCAGGGAUGGUACAACUGAUGUGGGCAGACAGGAGUGCCGCAGGAGGUGCCGCAGUGCGUGUUGCGGCAGAUGCACCGAGUUACUAAUGAUACGGUAGGGGAUGAGGUGGGCGGAUUGAACGCACGUUCUGCCCUUACUAUGUCCUUGUCCGAAAUGUGGUUUUGUGCAAGUACGGGGACGGCUGGGAGCUGUGGUGACGAUGAACGCUUGCCGCUGAGUGGGCGCUAGGGGAGGUGGGGUAAUGCAGCUGCACCUCCUCAGCAGCGGACGAAUGCCUUCGUUGCCCGGCGGCACAACACCUAAAGCCGGCAGAAUACGUGUAACCAGCACACAAGCA